AUGGCCACCUGCCAUACAGGCCCUUGCCUGCCGCCCUCAAGUAGCCUGCCCCCUGUCCGCUCUCUGAUCAACGCAAGCGAACAGAGUAUCAAGUCGUCCCUCCGCGGCCUCCAGACCCUGUACUGCCCGCUCCGUUUACCGGUCCUGCCGAAGCCUAGUGCCCGGCGCAAGGACCUUUCCGUAGCGUCUGGCGUUUCCACACCCGUACCAGUAGAUUCCGGAUACGUGUCGCAGGACGAAGACGAGGAUGAUGAAGCAGCUGCCGAGGAGGUGACAGCAUCAAUCCGCGCCGAUCCCUUCGAGCGCACUUUUGCUACGAGAUGGCUCACAUCUUUGAUUUCGCGAGUAGAAGAGAUGGACUUCAGUGAAGACGCCCGAAACCAAAUAGUCGACGACGCCGCAUUCAUCCUGUCUUCCUUCUCCGACUCCACCAACGACGAAGCUGAAGAAGCCCUCACCCGCGCCUUCUCCUUCCCCACCGCCCACGGCGCCCCCGUCGAGGUCACCCUCAACGACGCGCCCCUGACCGGCGCCGACCACACCGACGUCGGCCUGCAGUCCUGGGGCGCCAGCAUCGUGCUCAGCAGCAUGCUCUGCGCCUCGCCCGCGCGCUUCAACCUGACCCCAACCGCCCUCGCCCCCCGCCCAACCAUCAUCGAACUCGGCGCCGGCACAGGCCUCGUCAGCCUAACCCUCGCCAAGCUGCUGCCCACACUUGAUAUCCACCCCGCCAGCAUCUCCGCAACCGACUACCACCCCACCGUCCUCGCCAACCUGCAGCACAACAUCUCCACCAACUUCCCCCCUGGCGCCAGCGUCACCACGCCCCUCAGCGCCACCGCCCUCGACUGGUCUCUCCCGCCCCCCGACCUCGCAGCGUCCGCGCACCUCCUAAUCGCCGCCGACGUCGUCUACGCGCCGCAGCACGCCGCGUGGCUGCGCGACUGCGCCGCGCACCUCGCCACGCCCGACGGCGUGUUCUGGCUCAUUGUGACGAUCCGGCACAACGGCAAGUUCGAGGGCAUUCCGGAGACGGUGGAGGAUGCGUUUGCGGGGCCGGUGUGUCCAAGGGAUGGGGCGGGGCGGUCGUUUGGGAUUCUAGAGCGCUGGGGGGUGGAGAAGCGGAGGGGGGUUGGGAGGGGGGAUGAGGUGGGGUAUACGGUGUAUAGGAUUGGGUGGGCGUAG